UUUAUAAAAUUCCUGUUAUAAUGUUUACUACCAGGAAUAAUGGAUCUGUUGGGCUUCAGUGGAUUUGUUCACUGUAGUAUGGAUGAUAAUCCUUAAAAAAAAUAUUUGCAGCAACAGGCCCUAAGGAUGUUUCUAUUUUUAUUGCCCACCCUUGACGGUUUUAAAGCAACCAAUUUAGCACAAACUUUAAAAAAUAACCUUUUAGAAAUGAAAUUUCAGCAGUCAAAGAGGAAACACCUGUUUCAAAAGCGUGAAGCUGUAUGAAUACUUGUUAUUUUUGGAAUAAAGUCUUUGGCUGAAUCAACUCUUCCUACUGUAAAAAAAAAAAAAAAAAAAAAAAGAAGCAUCUUCUCCUGUGUGUUAAUCAGAGAAGGAACAUGGAAAAGGGCCAUGGACACGAGCAUUUGUACAUAUAGGAUCUCAUGCUUUAGGAAUUAGGCAAUUAAGAAAAAUAUAUCCCGCUCGUAAAAAUAAUUGGCAGCAGGUUGCUUGGCUCUAGUCAGUGACACCUCUUUGCUCAGGCACUGAAGUAAGGACUUUCCAACUAAACCGCAGUUUCUACAGCAUCUUGGUGGCCUUCGGUGUAUUAAUCCCAACUCGUCUCUCCCGUUGGGAGCCCGGGGGAGAAGAGAAGCCAACGGCGUCUUUCCUUGCUGGCGGAGGGAGACGCUGAGGGAAGCAGUGUCCCCCAAACGGCGCGGUGCUGCGGCAUUGGGCGGAGUGAUUUUUCCCGCCUCCGCGGGCUGUCCCCGCCGUGGCGCCUGGAGCGGGCGGGGGCGGUGGCUCCUUCUCCGGCGGGUCGCCCCUCGGGGCUGUGCUGCCGUUCUCCAGGUUUCCAGCUGAGGCGGCCCCGUGUUCCCUGCUCAGAGAGCAGCAGGGUGCUCGGCAGCCAGAGGCCUGCCCCGCACCGAGGAGGGCUGCCGGGGCGCGGCGAGUGGGUUGAGGGGGAUUGAGGGGUGUCCCCUCGCCACUGUGAGGGGAGGCACCGCCGGGCGGCGUCGGGACAAAAGGUUGUACGAACUGGGAGGGAAAGCCGGCUUCCCUCACGGUAAAACUUGGUGCAAAGUGUAGGGUGUCUAGAGGGGGAAAGCACCUCAGGGACAGAACAGGGGGGACCUGUCACCUUCAGCGAGGGGGAGACCCCAUGGUGGGAGGCGAGUAGCCCUGCGGGGAAGGGGAAGGAGCCACAGGCUUGAUUUUUAACUGUGCGUUCCACAGGCGUGUCCUGCAGUCACAGCAGCGUUCCUUGCCAAAAACCUGUGUCGUUACAGAAUCAAACCUGUCCAACUAGGAAUGCUACUUGAUUCUUGAAUCAUGUAGUCCUGGUUAAAAAACAAAAACAAACCAAACCAGAACUUAAUUAUACACUUCAUGAAACAUUUUGAACCUCUUCCUGUAUGCUCUCUGAGGCCAGCUCUGCAUGGGGACUGGGUUGCUCAGAGAUACUGGUGAACCAGUCUGUCACAAGCAUAAUAAAUCCCCUCAAUCAACAUAGGAAAUUUCAUUUCGCUCAAAUUAUGUUCCACACACUAGGUAGAUCGCUUCUAAAACAAACCUGCUGUGUGCACUUAACUUGAGGAGUUGUGCACUUAAAUGCCACGGGCACCAGUACAUCUAACAACCUGGAUUUGUGCCUGUGACACCAGUGGUUUUUGUAUAUGAAGCUACAACCUGAUACAGUGUUUCAUCAAACCUGAGGACUUUUUAUAAACUUGCCUGCAGUUCCACAUGACAACACACAGUGAAGACAAGACUGGAAUUUUUUUUCAGUUUUUAACAGUUUUAAAGAGUCCACUCCCCAGAUUCAGCCAAGUUCAUCAGUGGACAUUAUUUUCUUGAUAUUUGUUCUCAGUAUUCAUUUUUGGCAAAAAUACAGUGUGACAAAUACAUGAAGAAUGUAAUUAAUCUCUGUAACUUGUUGGCACAGUGAAAUUAUCACCCAUUUUAAUUUUGCAUAUGUCUGCAUUUUUACUUCAGUAAAUAACUUCUAUUUUAAAUGCUACAUCUUGGUUUUAAAUGUUGUUCAGUGAUCCUGCCUUUAUCUCAGGCACAUAAUGUAUGCAGAACAAAUAUCAAUGUGGUAACACAGGUAGAUGAUAGAAUUACUGGGUUUGUGUCCUGUAUGUUUUGGAAACCAUUAAAAGAUCGUUUAUGCCUAAUACUUGAAUAUUUCUUUAUCUUUCAGGACUGUUUCAGCAAGUAUAGAACUUAUUUUUGUGAGCAUGGAAAAUACAUGUUCUGAAAGAUUUUCAUCUGUGUCGUCAGAUGAAGUUGAAUGGUUCCUAUAUCCAAAGAGAAUUAAAAUAGAAAGUGAUCCAAAAAACAUAGAGAAAGAGGAGCAGCAGAAGUUAGAACAAAGCAUACACUAUAUGGACAGAUACCAAACAUCACCACAUGAGCCUACAGGUUUAUCAGAAAAACAAAACAGCUGGGCAGUAGAAAAGAAAAGUUGUGAUACUGCAAGAAAAACUUGCAUGAGAGAGUUUUUCCAUUUUCCAACUUGUAGCAGUGAAAGAUUUUCUGGUAGAGUAUCAGAAACUAAACUGCCCAACAAAAAAUGGAGUCCUGAAAAUGAAAACCAAAUUACUAUGGAAGACGGUAUUUCAUUGAAUGUGCAUGGACAGCCUUCUGAAACAGAAGUAUGCAAUGUGUGGAAUGCUGGUAACACAUAUGAAAACCUACAGGUACUAAAUACACCCCAAGUGCAGCAUAGCGACAAUAUAGAAUACAGUAAUAAAAGAAAUGGUGAUAAUGAACUCGAUCAAAAUUCUUCAGUUACACCUUUCAACAGAGACUUGUUUCAGAUGGAAUUGUUAAAUCAUAGGUCUGUCUCUGAUAAAAAGUGGAAACAAUACCAGCUUUUGCAAAUUCCAUUUUUUUGUGGCACCAGUUCUGUGUUUUCACACAUAGAAAAUGAGAAAAAUAAUUUCCUGACAAAAGUAUGUAAUGCAGAAAAUAAAGAUUACUCCAGCAGUGAUAGUGAAACUACUACAGAAAGAGAUAAUAAAGAAAAAGAUAUUUCAUCAUCUAUCGUUCCAACAUUAAAGCCUUUUAAAAGAUUACAACUAAUGCAAAUCCCAAAUUUUCAAUUUUCUAGCAUUUCAAAUAAAAUUAAUAGUAAAAUACCACCAGCUAACUUGGAGGAGAUGAAUUGGAAGAAUUUUAAAGACCAACCAUCUUUGCUUCAAUCUAAACAGAUAAAUGGUGUACAAAAAGUAUCUGAGACAGGGAAACAAAAAUUGAAAAAUGAUGAAAGCAGGGUAAAAUCUUCCAUUGUUGAUUCUGAAUUUAAAGAAAAGAAUUACCUAUCAAGUAGCAAACAAGAGUGCAGUCCUUUAGCAGAACGAGGAACAGUAUCUGUAACUUAUUCCAGAGGCAACAGCGCUGACAUAGAAUGUAAUCAAAUAUUUGCUGAAAAUUAUUUGAAAUGCAAAAUGGUGGAGAAUUCAGAAUGUGAUGAUGACCAUAAGUCAAGGAUUCUCAUUUACAUUAGCGCUAAAAACGUUCAGAAGGAUAAAUGUGUUAGCAAUAAUGAUCUUUUGAAGAGAACGGGAAGGGAAAGCACUAAUUCUAAUGAGAGUGUGGCAGCUUUUCAUAUACAGACAAGUGUUCCAGUAACAACAGAGGCAUUGGGGAAAAACGAGUUAGAUACACACUGUGGUGUGCACAAUUCCAACAGUGACCUUAGCUUGUAUGAAGCAGAAUCAAAACUCUCUACAAAAGAAAUACUUGAUUUCAAAAGAUGUUUCACUAAAAACACUUUAUUUGAAAGCAGUUGUCCUCACAUUAUUGUGCAGAAUUUCCCAGAUACAGAUGUGAGUUUCAAUCUAUUUAAGGGAAAGGAAAUGUUCCAAUUAAAGUUUUCAUUUCAAAAUACAUUGUUACAAAGGGUCAGGACAUGGAAUGAAACUUUGUAUAAAGACAUGCCCAUGUGUCCGGGUGAUGGUAUUACACAUCGAUUUCAUUUUUGUGAAACAUUAAACGGGCAGUGUGAUACUAAAGAGUUAGUAAAGAGCAAUAUAAAUAUGAGAAAGAACAAUGAAAUAUGUAUUUGUUCGCUGGCUAUUAUUUCAAAGCAUCUGAAGGUGGAAGUACUAAAGACAAUUCUUGCCUCCUUUUUCAAUAGCAGGAGUACUUCAUUGCCAGCUGAAGGAAAGUCUACACGAGUGGAGAAACAUCCUUUAUGUGGCAGAAUGCAAGUUCAGUUAAGCUCUUGCAGAGAUAUUGCUUUGAGGCAAAACACAGCAUUUCAUAAAAAACAUGAAAUGUAUCCCUGCUUUGUAAGUUCUAAAUUUUUAGAACAAAUUGGUUUUGAAUUACAGAGUGAAUACCAGAGAAGACAUUUUUCUAGAUCUUUAGGUGAAGAAGAGUCCAUUUUCCUAAAAAGACAAACCCUCUUUCAUCACCAAAAAAGUGGAUUAUGUCAGGGGAGACAUGUCAGAAAGCACCACCUCUUACCCAGACGGAGUGGAGGGUUUAGCGCCUGUUUGGGGUCAGUCAGUCACAAAACCAGUAUGAAAAGACAGAUUUUAGUUGCUAAAUGCCUGAUCUUGCUGCAGGGCACUUUUGAUUGUUCUUCAGUAGACGAGAUGGAUUGCUGCAAUAUCACAAAAAUACAGUAUCUGAUUGGAGCACAAGUUAGAUUUUGGAAUUACUUUCCUGCCCAUUCAAAACUGAAAUUUGAACAGCUAAAUAGUAAAGGUGCGAAUCUGGAAAUAUCCGUAAAUACAGUAAAGAAGGAGAAGAAGAAACCAAGUAAAAUGUUUAAUAGUUCUUUUCAUGGGAAAAGUUUAAAAGCUUUGCCUUUUGUUUUUUAUGAAAAUAAAAAAGCUGAAACAACAGGGUGCAGAAAUUACAUAAAGUCUACAAAUGAAGUCAGAGAUGAAACCACAUAUACCGUGAAAAAAUACUUGGGUACUUCCAGUUUUAUAAAUGCUGAUCAAAAAGAAUUUCCUAAGUCAGAAAAGUUGCAAAUAAAUUCUGAUAAUUUUCUUUCUAAAAAAUAUUUUUCUAUUUUUGACAUAUAUGAAAAAAUUCCUCUUACUACUGAUUCUGAAGACUUUGACCAGAUCCCAGUUGUAAGCCAAGACAAUUCUGUCAAAAAAAAGUUGUCUGAAGAAAAUGAAGUCACUAGUUCAAAAGAGGUUCAUAAUUUUCCUAUUGAAUCAAAUGAGGUCUUAAUACUGCCUGAGCAGUCAAAGCCAACUACAGAAAAAUGUAAUUCUCUUUUGUUACAAGAUAGCCAAACAAACCAACCUGAAUGCUGCAAAAAAAUCAAUGCAUAUAGCCCACAUUUAGCAAGUGAAAAUCUAGAAUAUCAAAAUACAUAUUUUAAUUUUGAAAACGUAUUUCCUGGUUCCUCAAGUGUUUAUCAGUCUGUGCCUUUGCCACUAGACAGCAGAUCUUUUGUCCAUAAAGAUGAAGCAGUAAGUGAAGAUGGACACUGCAGGGAUUCCUCAAGUGUGGAUAUACAAAAACAAAGCGAAGAAAUGAAUGCCAUGACACAACAUCCAUCCAAAGGAAGACCUGCCAUGACAGAUACACACUUGGAAUUACAGGCUAAGGAAACCGUGCAGUUUUUUUCACAAGGGCACACACAGACAAAUGAGGCCAUUAGUUUAGAGCCAGCAGCUUUGAAACGACAUCCUGCAUAUGUAAAAGAACAGGAGGAGAUAAGUGAUGAACAAAUGCAUGUGACUAAUGAAAGUCAAUGUGAGACUGUAAUGAAAGACUUGAUUAUGUCAUAUUCAGAAGAUGAAUGUAAAACAUUCAUUGCUGCAGAAGAGAAAUUAAAAAUGCAUUUAUCUGUGAUGAACAAUGAAUGUCUUGAAGUGGUGAAAGAUACGUAUUUACCUCUAGAAAACAAAAUCACAUGUGAAUUUGAACUGAAGAGAAAAUUUGAUUUAGUGCUAGAAGAGCUACAUAUGUUUCAUGAAAUUAGCAAGGGAAAUGAAAACAACUUAUCUAGUUUGGAAACAAACUCACACAGUUAUUGUGAAUUAAAUAAUUCUGAGGGUGUAGCUGAAGAUGUGACAAGUGUUUCUCAAAAGAAAGUGUGCAUUUCUUCUUCAGUCUGUGGUACUGUAGAAGGGCAAAACAUAACUGACAGUAAUGAAAUUUCAUUAGCUGAAAAAAAAUCAAAUGACAGUGAAGACGAAAACCUGUCUAAGGAAUAUUGUAUUUCAAGACUGUCAAGUGAAGAUUUGCUGCAUUCACCUAUUGCAGAAGGUUAUUUUGAUGCAGCUUAUGAUAAACCAUACAUGUGGAACCCUGCUUUUUUAUCCUGCAUGCUUCCUAAGGAACAAAAGUAUAAUUUACAGAAAGAGGCAGGAUACUUUCUGUCCCAUGAAGUUAUGAGAGUGCAGCCUCUUAAAACAUGCAAGGGCCCCAUCAGGAUUGGGCUGUCAAGAAAAGCUCGGCCCAAACAGCUUCAUCCUUAUCUGAAAUGACUUGCUGGAUUUCUUUACUAGUCUUCAAAUGGAAUCACUCUGCCUGAAAACUGUUGAAAUGUUUUUAUGUUAAGUUUUUAUGUUGGUAGUUUGAUAUUUGUGGUCUAUUUUUUUUUUAAGAUAUUAAUAUUGCAGUAUUUGCUAGUUAUUUAUUUAGGAAUACUCCUGUGAAUAUUUGAUAGCAAAGGGAAUUAUAAUGAAUGUUUACUAGUAGAAAUGUUAAUGGAAAGAUGAGGCCCUUUAAAAGUUUAUGUAAUAUUAAUAAAAUCUGACAUGUAUUUCUCAUCUAUUAAAACAAACUGUUGAAAUUUUUUGGCUUACUCAGACAUUCUUAGAAUUCUCUGUGUGUUUAUAUAUUUUUAAAAACUCAAUUAGUAUUUUUAAGAGGAUUUAUUAAAAUUUGUUACAAAUGGUUAGAGAGGUGUACAGGAGAAUUUCAGGAAGCUAAAUUUAAAUUACUAACUAGGGAGAUUGUCUUUUAGGCUUCAGAAGUCAUUUGUCAUGCAGGAAGGGUUUUCUUUGAGUUCCCUGCACCUGUCCCUUUAGAGAAAGAUAACUCUUGAAUUUCAGUGUGGAGCUGGGAAGCAGAAACAACGUAAAUAUUACAGACAGAAUGUCUUAUUCUGAUGGUGCUGAUUCCAUUGCAUACAACAUGGAGGCAAAAUACCAGUACAGAAAUUCUGUCCCAAGAAAUGGGGAAACUUGGGCUGAUCUGAAGCAUACAGAUAUUGUUUGGGUACAUCUGUUAAUAAUUAUGAA